AUGCUUUCAUACAGACAGAAGCAUAAAUCGAGAAAGGUCGGAACAACGGCGGGGCCUUGCACCACAGAUUAUCUGCAAGUUGACAACAACGCGAACUUUGCAGAUGAGACCUACAAGAAAUGUGGAACCGAAGUACCUGAUCAACCCCCCGUAUCGCAGUCGAAUAAAUUGUAUGUGAAGCUAGUGGUGGAUCAAACUAAUGCGGCAGCGGCGAAAUUCGAGGCCAAAGUGACAGAAGAUCGUGCUGCUUUCUGUUCGGCAAACAAUUUUAUUAUGCUCGUUUUAUUGCUCACGUUGUGCAUAUGUAAGUUGCUUUGCGUCGCUGUCAUUUUUCUUUAA